UUUGUUACCAUGCGGUCUCGCUGGACAAAAUGGGGGCCGAAGAAUGUCUCCAGAGGCUACACUGGGGCUUUGACCCCCUGAAUAACAUCUCGAUAGCCUUCAACCAGAUACAGAACAUCAGAAAGUAUCUCAAGACCUUUGAAAAAGAGGUCAAGAAAAUUGAAAAACUAUCUUGGGUAGAACAGUUUGACAAAAAGAUGGCUGAAUUUGUCAAAGGCGUGAAAGAUCGUGUCUCAAGUCAUCCACCGUUGGAAUGCAGACCUCCAUGCGGGCUUCAAAAAGCUGCCCGAACCUUUUCAUGCAGCCGAUGUGCUGAGGAGGACUGCAAUAUCCCGGUGACCUGUCCCCUUAAGGACAUCAAGGUGGAAGAGCUGGAAGAGACCCGAAUCUGGUGCACGGCGUCCUUUAUCCUUCCUGAUCAUCCGAAGGUUGUUUGGAAGUACGCCAAAAACAUCAAAAAAACGGAUUUGAGUAACUUUAAAGACAUCUACAUUGGGGAUGACCUGGAUGUACACAUCAAGCCGACCAGAGUCAGCCAUAAAGGAACUUAUGCCUGUGAGAUAAUUGAUGAGGAUGAUGACAUCAUACUCCGAAGAUUCUUUUAUCUCGAUGUGACGCAGACUAAAUCCAAGGCAAUGGAGGAAAUAGAAGCUGAAUUCCAUCGAGCUCUGGCACAAAAACUACCUACCCAGGAGGAAGAGGAGGAGAGGAUCGAACAUGGUCCCUCCACUAAAGACAUCAUCCUCACCUUCCUCCAGAGCCAUGUCAGCUAUGCCAUCUACGCUGCUGUCUGCUGUCUUAUUGUCACCGUAUUGGUCGGGUUCCUUUGGCGUCAUGCCCUGAGUGUAGACUGGUCGAAAAAAACAUCAGGACCAAGAACCAGCUUCCCACCAGGACACUACCUGCCAUAGAACAAAUCAGCCAUCUGGAGUCAACAACAACAGACUCCCAAGGGGUAUCACCAACUACCCCUCAUCUGCAGCCAACCAUCUCUGCAGAAAAAAAAACUAUCCCUUACCCCCCCCC